AGUUUGACAUGAAGAGAAAAUGACUGGUCUGUUCAAUGCUUGCAGUAUUCGAUUGUUGCUUCUCGACAGAAACCAUGGAUCAAUUCAAAUACAAGAAUUAUCUGGACAGCAUUGUGUUGCAGCUCCGUGAGCAGUUUGCAGAUUCUUCAUUGAUGGUAUUAAACUUCAGAGAUGAAGGAAAAAGUCUGGUUUCAGGCUUGUUCUCCCUGUACAGAAUUACAGUCAAAGAUUACCCCUGCCAAUACUUAGGAUGCCCAUUGCUUCCUUUGGACAUCAUCAUCCACUUCCUCAGGCUGAGCGAGAGGUGGCUUAUGUUUGAAGGGAAGCAAAAUAUUCUGCUAAUGCACUGUGAGAAAGGCGGAUGGCCAGUGUUGGCAUUUAUGCUUGCAGCUCUUCUUCUGUACCGGAAACAAUACAAUGGGGAGCAAAGAACUCUGGACAUGGUGUACAAGCAAGCACCCAAGGAGCUUCUUCAGAUGUUAACAACAUUAAAUCCACAGCCUUCUCAUGUUCGAUAUCUACAGUACAUAUGCAGAAUGGACUACGCGUUGGGGUUGCCCACACAACCUAUUCCUUUCACCCUGGAUUGUGUAAUUCUUAGAGGAGUACCAAAUUUCGAUGGAGUAGGUGGUUGUAGGCCAAUAGUUCGAGUAUAUGGGCAGGAUAUUCUAACGCUUGAUAGAGGUCGCAAUGCUCUUGCAACACCAUUCAAAGCCAAGAAACAUGUUAGGCGUUACAGACAGGCAGACAACAUGCCGGUGAAGUUAAAUGUGGGAUCCUGCGUCCAAGGUGAUGUGGUCCUUGAAUGCUUGCAUGUGGAUGAUGGCCUAGAAAAUGAAAGGCUAAUGUUUAGGGUGAUGUUCAAUACUUUCUUUAUCCAGUCUCACAUUUUACAGUUGAACUUUGAGCACAUUGAUGUCUCUUGGGAUGCUGAUUACCGGUUCACAAAGAACUUCAAAGCAGAGGUACUCUUUUCAGAGUUUGAUGCUGAAUCUGAUGCGUCUUCCGAAAUUGCAUCCGGUGAUGAUGACGACGACGAUGACGACGACUGUGGGGAUGAGAUAGAAGUUGGCUCUACUGAUGAGUUCUUUGAAGCAGAGGAAAUCUUCAGUAAUCCUGACUUACAUGAUGGACACAAGGAUGCUGAUUUUCGUUCCAUAGCUUCUUCAGAUCGUACUUUAAGCGCUGAAGCCAGGAAAAUCUCGCCAUUUUCCAGUCUUGAGCUGAGCAGUGAUGAUAUUGGUGGAUCACCAGAAAGUAAAACCAAUGACAUGAAUAUGUCAUUUGGAAUACUAAAUGAUGAAAAUGCAUGCACAUCUGUUGACACCAAUAUUAUGCACGAAGAUAUAACGAGAGUAGUGUCAAGUUUGGAAAGUACAACAGAUGGAGGCAGAGACAGCAGCAAUUCAAGUUCUGCUACCUACAUAGAUAAAGAUGAUGGCUGCACAGUUGAAAACAGCGAUUCAAGGCAGGACAGGACAGUGGAUCCCAAGCAAGACUCGAGUCAUACUGAUAAUGUGCUGGUCAAAGAGGUGAUUAUAUUGGAAACCAAUAGUCCAAAGGACAUUCAGAUGAUCAAAGAAGUAAUCAUAUCUGAAGUCACCACUCCAAAACAAGUGCUGGAGGGCGAGAUUGAAUCAGGCAAUGCAGUCCACAAUUCGGAAAGCACUAUAUUGACAGAGGCUGAUAGUACUGCAGGACUUAACAUUGACAUUGCUCUCAAACAGGAUGAGGGAGAUAGUCUAGGAGAAGAAUGUGUUACUUCUGUCAAUGGCAUCAAACAAGAAAACAACAGUAACACGGAUCAACCUAGCAUCAGUGGCACAAACGUACUAGUGAUUGAACCCACAGAUGAGAAUAACAGAGUGGAGCCUGCAUUGUUAGGGAGGCCACACCUGCAGAGCACAAGUGCUACCCUGAUUUUAAGUUCCAGUGAGCAAAAAAUUAAGCAGUCUGAUGCUUCCAAUAAUAACGGAUCUGCAGAACAAACAGAAGGAACGGAAGCUUCAGUAUCCAGCUCGACAGGCCAACCUUCGAAUAUUUCUUCUGUGAAUAUGCUAUCUGAAGGAUUUAGCCUGGAAGCAAAUGACGCUCUAACUCAUGCCAGUGCAAGUACAGUUACAGCUGACUCGUCUCGACUGGUGCUAAAUAAAAAAACUUUUCUUCCUUUGUCAACACAACGUAUUUUUGCACCAUAUUCUCCCAGGCGUAAUGUGCUCCGUUCAUCAUCGACAGAUUUGUCCUUUCUAUCUCCAUUGCAAACAGAAUCUAAUCAGAACUCUGUUCCUUCUACAAGCGGAAGGGAUGUUUCUCUAAGAUCAUCAGAAGUAUCAUCUCUAGUAAAUCCCCAUCUACGACCAAUCAAAACUGCUUCAUCUCUACCUUCAUCUUCUUCAUUGGAAGCAUAUAUAGAGAUGUCAACUUCCUAUUCUCCAUUAUUACAUGCCAACCGUCAACAACAUGUUAACCCUCAUUCUCCCUUGAUACCAUCACCACCACCUCGACAACCUUACCCAGCAAAGAUACACGGAAAAGAUUUACAUCCAGGUAGUCUAUCUUUGCCUGCUCCCAACAGGUAUGCAUCUCACCCUCCAGCCCCACCCCCACCUCCUCCUUCACAUACUCUUUGUACUCAAAAUAAUUCAAGCACCUCAAUAUCUCAUCAUGCACAAAGAGAAAAGGGGUCUUGCUCCUCUAGUCCUCAUAGACAAACUAUUCUCGACCUAGGUUUUUCCUCUCUAACUUUACCAUCCAAAACUCAAAGUCUUCUUCAGAUUGUUCAUAUAAAGAAGCAGCAGCAGCACCAGGAAAACAACCCCUCUCUUCACCUCCACCUCUUGGAGAAAAUGAUCCUUCAAGUUCAAAACUUAAAGAGGAAGUACCUCAUGAACAGCCUUUAG